AUGGGAACCGCUGGAACCAACAUGAAGAAGUCUGAUAAGUACAAUGCCACACCCUCUCCGUCCACGUCGAGAUCCGACAUUAGCCCUGGUGAGCUGAAUGGGAAACUGUCAAAGUACCCCAAUGAUGAUCCCGAAGCACUGACGCGCACUGAGACCACUCUGUCCGCUGUAAUACCGCCGAAAGAGCCGUGGCGAGAGAUUCUUUUCAUAGUGGUCGUCUGCAUGGCUCAAUUCAUGACGCAAGCGGGCCUGUGCAUCUCGAUCGCCCCGGUGUAUAUCAUCGGCAAGAGCUUCCAGACGUCCAUUCCGGGCGAAUUGAGCUGGUUUGCGGCGGCGUACAGUCUGACCGUCGGCACUUUUAUCUUAGUCUGCGGUCGGCUCGGCGACCUCUUCGGUCAUCGGUUGAUGUUCAUUAUCGGUUUCGCUUGGUUCGGUCUGUGGUCUUUGCUGGCGGGCUUCAGUGUUUGGUCGAAUCAAAUCUUCUUCGACUGCUGCCGCGCAUUUCAAGGAAUGGGGCCCGCCAUGUUACUCCCGAAUGCGAUUGCUAUCCUCGGGCGCGCAUACCCACCGGGCUUGCGCAAAGAGAUGAUCUUCAGCUUCUUUGGAGCCACCGCGCCGAGCGGGUUUAUCGUCGGGGGCGUGUUCUCCUCAAUCUUGGCACAAAUGGUGUGGUGGCCAUGGGCAUACUGGGUCCAGGGCAUGGUGUGCCUUGCCUUUGCUGUGCUGGGUGUUUUGGUCAUUCCGCACACGCCGCGACCUCAUUUCCAGAAGGACCUCCCGCUUUGGGCACGACUAGACCUGCUUGGAGCAGUGGCCGGUAUCGUUGCCCUCGUGCUGAUCAAUUUUGCAUGGAACCAGGCUGCGUUGGUCGGAUGGACCACACCGUACACCUACGUGCUGCUCAUCGUUGGCGUUAUCAUCUUUGGCGGCUUCCUGUGGAUCGAACGCAUUGCCCAAUGCCCGCUGCUGCCAAACUCAGUCUUAACCGGUGACCUGGCGUGGGUGCUGGGAUGUAUCGCUGCCGGGUGGUCCAGCUUUGGCAUCAUUAUCUACUACUUUUACCAAUUUAUGGAGGAUAUUAAGGGUGACACUCCUUUGUUGGCCACAGCCAAAUGGGUUGCCGCGGCUCCGUCUGGUGCCAUCGCGGCUCUGCUGACAGGAUUCCUGCUCGGCCGACUGCCUCCCAGUGUCAUUAUGUUUUGCGCGAUGCUCUUCUUUACGGCCGGUCUGUCCGUCUUUGCAACGGUCCCCGUGGAUCAGACCUACUGGGCUCAGGCAUUCGUAGCCAGCCUUAUCACGUCAUGGGGCAUGGAUAUGUCCUUCCCAUCCGGCACGCUCAUCCUCAGCAAUUCCAUGCCCCACCACCAUCAAGGCCUCGCUGCAUCCCUCGUCACUACCACGGUGAACUACUCCAUCUCUCUGGGACUGGGAUUUGCCGGGACUGUGGAGUCGAAUGUGAACGAUGGUGGACGCAAUGUCCUCCGGGGUUAUCGAGGAGCUCUCUACCUGGGUAUUGGCUUUGCGGGGUUGGGUCUAGUGGUGUCGAUUCUGUUCAUGUUUAACAAUGAGGUCAUUACCCGUGCAUUGACUUUCCGAGUGGGGAAAAGCCCCGAUCAAAACACAUCAACAGGCACCCGCAUUCCAAAGGUACGUACAAACUUCACUCCGGAUCGCUUCGCUCUGGACACCUAUGUCGUCCUCCAGGAUAGCACUAUGGAAGCUCACAAUAUAGCUGUCGCCACUAUCGCGGCCCAAGCCCACCAAUUCCACAAACGCCAACAACCUUUCCGCAUUUACCAUGGCUCCACGAACAGCACGCGACAAUCGCAACACAGCGCAGCCAACACCAUCAACACCGCGCAGUUGAACCAUGUUCUGGCCGUGGACACAGACCGCAAGACGAUCCUGGUUGAGCCUAACGUCCCCAUGGACGAACUCGUCAAGGCCACCCUACCUCAUGGGCUCAUCCCUCUGGUCGUCAUGGAAUUUCCUGGCAUCACCGCAGGCGGCGGCUUCUCCGGAACGUCGGGCGAGAGCAGCUCCUUUCGACACGGAUUCUUCGAUGCGACCGUGAACCGGAUCGAGGUCGUCCUAGCCAACGGCGACAUCCGCACAGCUUCGCAAAAUGUACCCGACGAGCAAGAACUCUUCUGGGCGGCGGCCUCAUCCUUCGGAACCCUCGGCGUCGUAACCAUGCUCGAGAUCCAAUGUCGCGAAGCAAAACCCUACGUCGAACUAACCUACCACUCUACCUCCAGCAUGUCCCAAGCGAUGACAGUCUUCCGCGAGACCACCGCACACCCCGAAACGGAAUACCUGGAUGGCAUCAUCUAUGCUCCGGACCACAUCGUCGUCUGCGCUGGUCGCCUGGUCGACUUGCCCUCCAACAAAACCCCCAUCCAACGCUUCACACGCGCCCAAGAUCCCUGGUUCUACAUCCACGCGCAGCGCCAAACCCGAAAAAUCCACCGCCCGAAUGCCGAACCCUCCGCCUCGGUCACCCACUACGUCCCCAUUCAAGAUUACCUCUUCCGGUACGAUCGGGGCGCAUUCUGGACGGGUCGAUACGCCUUCAGCUACUUCAUCACACCGUUCAAUCGCAUCACCCGGUAUAUCCUGGAUACCUUUAUGCACACCCGAGUCAUGUAUCACGCCUUACACGAGAGUGGGCUCUCAAAACAACACAUCAUCCAGGAUGUGGCGGUGCCGUACAAAGCUACGGGGGAGUUUCUCACUUGGCUCGAUGACAAGGAAACCUUCGGCGCGUAUCCGAUCUGGUUGUGUCCCCUGCAUCAUUCGCAGGGAAUCAUGGCUCGCGGCGCCGAGACAGGCCCGCAUCAAUCUCAGAAGGAAGAGGACCCCGAUGAUGACGGUGACUGUCUGAUGAACUUUGGAUUGUGGGCGCCGUCCCCCCAUGCGUCGGAUACCGGGGCGUUCGUUGCGCAGAAUCGGCGCUUGGAGAACAAGGUUCGGGAGUUGGGCGGGAAGAAGUGGCUGUAUGCCCAUGCCUACUAUACAGAGGAGGAGUUUUGGUCGAUCUAUGAUCAGAAACGCUAUGAUGCGUUGCGGGAGAAAUAUCAUGCGACGUAUUUGCCAGAUUUAUAUCAGAAGGUGCGCGUUAAUUUGGGUCUCAUGGGGCAUGGGGGCCCCGAGGGAUGGGUCGGUUGGGCGAAGAGGAUGGUGUGGGAGACGUGGCCGGUGUGCGGGUUAUACGGUGUAUAUAAGGCUUGGAGAGGAGGUGACUACUACCUGAUCAAGAGCAAGAAAGACUGA